AUGAGGAAUUUGGUGAUUGGGUUACUUUUCAUCACAGUAUUGGCUCCCAUUUUUCUUUAUACUGAUAGAUUCUCCUCCUUUACCACUUCGUCUUCUAAACAAGAAUUCAUUGAGGAUGUUACUGCUUUUACUCUACCUACGGACACCAGGCAUCUAAAUGUGUUACCCCAGGAGGAAUCAUCCACUGUGCAUAAAGAACCAAUUGGAAUUGUAUACACUGAUAACUCCUCCUCCAAUAUUAUUCUAACUCACAGAGAUUUGCAAUUGCCUGAUACGAGUGAGCAUAAAUCUGCUAGAGUAUUAUUUGACACUGACGAGGAAGCUCAAUCUCAGAAGGAUGACAUCAUCAGACAGGUCAUUCAGACUAGUAAUCAGGAAGAGCAGGAGAGCCAAACAGACAGCGGAGCUGAUCAGGAAAACCAUCAGAACGCAUCUCAAAUUCAGCUUGAGCAACAAUCUGCUUUGAACUCGGACAAAGUUGAUGAGAAGGAUGCAUCGUUAACUGAAACCAAUAAACAGACAGAUCAAACGGCUAUGCCAGAUGCUCGAGUGCGGCAGCUCAGAGAUCAGCUUAUCAGGGCAAGGGUGUACUUGUCCCUUCCAGCAACAAAGAGCAAUCCCCACUUUACAAGGGAGCUUCGAUCGCGGAUAAAGGAGGUUCAGCGCAUACUUGGAGAUGCAACUAAAGAUUCUGAUCUGCCAAAGAAUGCUAAUGAGAAAUUGAAGGCAAUGGACCAAUUGUUGGAAAAGGGAAGGCAAAUCCAGGAUGAUUGUGCUGCUGUGGUAAAGAAGCUUCGGGCAAUGCUGCACUCUACAGAAGAACAACUCCGAGUGCAUAAGAAGCAGACCAUGUUCUUGACACAAUUAACUGCAAAGACGCUUCCUAAAGGUUUACACUGUCUUCCAUUGCGCCUGACAGCUGAGUACUAUAAUUUGAAUACUUCUGAACAGCAAUUUCCAAAUCAAGAGAAAUUGGAGAACCCCAUGCUUCACCAUAUUGCACUAUUCUCAGAUAAUGUUUUGGCAGCAGCAGUGGUUGUGAACUCCACUGUUUCCAAUUGUAAGCACCCUUCGAAGCUUGUUUUCCACAUCGUUAGUGAUAGACUCAACUAUGCAGCAAUGAGGAUGUGGUUUCUAGUAAAUCCACCCGGCAAAGCCACUAUUCAGGUCCAGAACAUUGAAGAAUUUACAUGGUUAAAUUCAAGUUAUAGUCCUGUUCUGAAGCAGUUGGGUUCUCAAUCGAUGAUUGAUUAUUACUUUCGGGCACAUCGUGCCAAUUCUGAUUCGAAUUUGAAGUACCGAAACCCAAAGUACUUGUCCAUCCUGAACCAUCUUCGCUUUUACCUGCCAGAGAUUUUCCCAAAGCUCAACAAAGUGUUAUUCUUAGAUGAUGAUAUAGUGGUGCAGAAGGAUCUCUCUGGCCUUUGGUCCCUUGAUUUGAAGGGUAACGUGAAUGGUGCGGUAGAGACCUGUGGAGAAAGCUUCCAUCGUUUUGAUCGAUAUCUCAACUUCUCAAAUCCUCUUAUCUCAAAGAAUUUUGAUCCGCGUGCUUGUGGAUGGGCAUAUGGAAUGAACCUCUUUGAUUUAGAGGAAUGGAGGAGACAAAACAUCACCCAUGUAUAUCAUGCAUGGCAGAAGCUGAAUCAUGACAGACAAUUAUGGAAGUUGGGGACUCUGCCACCUGGCCUCAUUACUUUCUGGAAACGGACUUAUCCUCUUGAUCGAGGUUGGCAUGUUCUUGGUCUUGGCUAUAACCCCAGUGUCAACCGAAGAGAAAUUGAACGAGGAGCUGUUAUACAUUACAAUGGCAACAUGAAGCCAUGGCUUGAGAUUGGCAUACCCAAGUAUCGAUACUACUGGGCAAAAUAUGUUGAUUAUGAUCAUGCAUAUUUGCGAGAGUGCAACAUCAAUCCAUAG